AGGGCAUUACUAUGCAUUUCGCCAAUGUAUGUAUGCAUGUGUGUGUGCGUGUGUAUAUGUCAAGAGCGCAUUUAUAUAUAUAUAUAUUUUGACGCUUUAUUUCAUUAUAUGAUUUCAAAAUUAGAUGUUGUGUAGUUAAGGCCAAUAAAGUCAUUUCAGACCGGUUGAAUUUUGUGUUUGUUAUUUGUUUUUAUCAUAAUUUGUCUUGUGCUCAGCGAAAUACUGCCAAUUUUAUUAAAAAAAAAAAAAAAACAAUCUUAUCAGUGUUCGAUUUAUUGUGAAAUGAGUGUUCAAUAUGACGAAAAAUUACCGCCUCAUAAUUAUGAAUAUGCUGAAAAAUACUUGGGCGAAACAAAAGAUUCGCGUGAUAAGUGUUUAAGUGAAAUUUAUAAAUGGUUAGAUGCAAAUCCAAAAAUUAACGCAAAUCGGAAUACAACGUCAUUGCUGCAUUUUUUACGCGGUUCCAAAUUUCAAUUGGAAAAGGCAAAAAAACGAAUGGAAACGUUUUACCAAUUGAGAGCCGAACGUGUCGAAUGGUUUACCGAUCGUAAUCCACUUAACCCUGAAAUUGAAGAGCUCCUAGAUCUCGGUUUAUUUUUGCCACUAGAUUCAAAAGAUGUUAACAAUUAUCAAGUAUUCAUUAUACGAACAGGCGUCCAUAAUCCACACAAACACGAUCAAAACGAUGUACUAAAGGUCAUGAAAAUGGUACUUGACGUUGUUUUGUAUUUGGACGAAACGAUUUCGAUUUACGGGACGGUUGCAAUUUUUGAUAUGAAAGGAGUCACCUUGCGGCAUGGUCUUCAAAUGACCCCAACCAUUAUAAAAAGGGCUGUCUAUUGCUGGGAAAAUUAUGCAUGUAAAGUGAAAAAAUUGGAAUUUAUAAAUGCACCAAAACAUGUGAAUUUUGUGUUAGACAUUUUUUUAAAAUGUAUGUCAAAAAAGUUGGCCGCCCGUGUAUCGGUAACAAGGGGUCCAUCCACAGUUGAAGCUAAUUUACCAAAAGAUAUUGGCGGUAAUGGUCCAACUUAUGAUGAGCUCACCAAACAUUGGAAGCAAAAAACACAAGAAAAAGCAAAAUGGUUUGCCGAACAAGAGCAAUAUAAAAUGAUUUUGGAAAAAUAACAUCGCAUCGAUUAGAUUAAUAUAAUUAGAUUAGACAUCGAUACUACGUUGUACGUAUGUCAAUCAAUUCAAAAUGAAAAAAAAGUAUAUAGCAGUUUCAAUUAUUAUUAUAAAUACCGUUUUUUGUACAUAAAAUUGAUUGUCUCAAUUUGUAUUGGAAUUGCGAUUAAAGUAUAUUGAUAUAAAAAGAUGUUUAAUUUAUACAAUUUUAAACAA